AUGUCUAUUCCGAAGCCAUUCCCUCGGCGUCAGUUAGGAAAGGACGGCCCCAUGGUCUCUGCUAUUGGUUUUGGUGCAAUGGGACUUGCUCCUGGUCAUGGGGCCAUUCCAAGUGAAGAAGACGCCAUCAAACUUUUAAACCGUGCUAUCGAUCUGGGAUGUACGUUUUGGGAUACUGCCGAUAUUUAUGGAUCUGGCCACAAUGAAAACACACUAUCGAAAGUAUUGGCCACUCGUCGAAGCAAGUAUGAAGUCUUUCUCUGCACGAAAUUCGCACUCGCAAACAACAAUGGCGUAUUCAGCCUUCGAGGUGAUGCUGCCUAUGUCCGUCAAGCUUGUGAAGCGUCAUUAAAACGUUUGGGAGUUUCUUCUAUCGAUUUGUAUUAUCAACACCGUGUAGACCCAAAAGUCCCUAUCGAAGAAACAGUCGGAGCAAUGAAACAACUCGUUGCCGAAGGCAAAGUCAAAUACUUGGGUCUCUCUGAAUGCUCGGCAGCUACACUCCGCCGUGCACACAAAGUGCAUCCGAUAACUGCCAUCCAAGUUGAAUACUCUCCUUGGGAAUUGAAUAUUGAAGAGAAUGAACGAUUGGCUACGGCUCGUGAAUUGGGAAUUGCUGUUGUUGCAUAUUCACCUUUGGGACGAGGAUUCUUGACUGGUGCAAUCAAGAAACCCGAAGACAUGGACGCUGUACGAUUGACAUGGCCACGCUUCAAAGGCAGCAAUUUCAUUGAAAAUUUGAAGAUUGUUGAUGCCUUUUCGGAAAUCGCCAAAGUCAAAGGCGUCACUCCAGCCCAACUAUGUCUAGCAUGGUGUCUCUUCCAAGACCCGCUAGUCAUUCCAAUCCCUGGCACAACAAAAGAGUCUCGUUUGGUUGAAAAUUUAUCUGCCGUGAGCAUCAACUUUACCAAAGAAGACGAUGCUAAAAUCCGAGAUAUUUUGAAACGGCUUCCUCCAAAUGGUGAUCGAUACACUCCAGAGCUUAUGAGUUUGGUGAAUGUUUGA